GUCCAGACCAGCGGCUGGGUUGAAAGCUGGGGACCAGGCGGCGACGCAGCGACGCAUUUCACAGUGAUGGCCUCCACUGUGCAGCUGUGCCGGUAAUCCUGCCUGUGUGUGUAAGGGAAGAAGCGGAGACGCCUUGAAAAGCGACCUUCCUAAAGGCAGAGAAGGGGUGGGAGGAAACACCAGCACCAGAAGAAACAAAUGCCACCAUGUACAGCGUGGAGGACCUCCUCAUCUCUCAUGGAUACAAACUACCCAGACAUGCCGCCUCCUCCACCCCUACGCCAGUCCCCGCAUCGUCAUCCGCCCGUCAACCACCCUCGUCCUCGCCGCCGUCCUACAGCAAACACCAUGAAGUCCUGGAGAACAGGUCUGGCCCCAGGACAGUGAACGGCUAUGAGCGGGGGCCUGCAUUGGCCAUGGGGAACAGCGGUGGAACAAGGCACCCCCAGGUAUAUGUCAGCAGCUGCCCCAACAACAACAAUGAACCCAGGGAGGGGAGCCAGCCGAAACGAGACAGUGAGAACCGGGGCCAAACCGACACCCACUCCUUGGGGGAGUCGCUGACGUCAGACAGCGGGUUUUGUGAUGGCAACAGAGGCCCACAGCCACAAUCCAAGGAUGUUUCAUACUGGAGGAGGAGAGGACAGGAUUUCAGCGUGCUGCUGGACUACGCUGACAUCAGGGAACCCCAUGGAAAGGGACAGGGAGGGUACAGCAGGCCAGAAGGGCCUCAGCAGGCCAGAGGUCAAGAGCUCUCUGUGGAGGACCGUCAGAGAGCAGCUCAGGAAAGGCAGCGCUGGGCAGCCCACGCCCAAGCUCAAGCCCUGGCCCAGGGCCGCUCUAGAGAAAGGGAAGCCGCCCUCCAGCAAUGGAGGAUGGCAACUGAGAGGAAAUGCCAGAGCCUGGGGACGGAGGAGUGGCACCCAGCUGUAAGCUUCAGCCGCCAGAUGUCUCAGAGCGAGGCGGAGCGUUGGGGACAGGAGCAGCAGCGACUCCAUGCCAGAACGCCGGAGGGCAUGGUAGUCCACCCUAGGACCAAAGCUAAGUCCCAGUCUCUGCCCAGGGUGUUGCAACCCGAGAGCCUGCAAUACGUGGACAUAGCAUUGUCUGGUAAAGAAAUGUUCAGGCGGGUCAACGGCCACCCUUUGACCCACCAAGACUUUUACCGAGCACCUCGCUGGCCAGAAAACGGGAGGCCGGCCAGUGCCAACCAACUCUCAAUCACACCAAAGGCCCGCUUCACACGACCCCCCAGACCCCCUUCAUACGAGAUGCACCAGCAGAUCAGGGGAAGCUGCGAGGUUCUGUCCGGCAGAGAGUCAGUGACCCCCAUGGCAAGGGACAGAACUCCCAUCCCCACAUUGAGAAGUAAAGAUCCUCAGUUGGACUAUUUUGCACAGGAUUCUGGGCCUCCGGGGUAUAUCCCCCCUCCGUCUUAUAAAAGAGCUCCAAUAAUGGGAGGGGCGUUUCGAGGAUAUGGAGAUGUUCCUUUUGAGUACAGGUACAGAGGGGAUAUGUAUCCACAGAUACAAGUGGCUCCUGAUGGAUCUCAUUGGUUCAUCAGGCAUCCAGCUUGUUCCUGGCCUGGUCCCCACAGAGACAGAAGUGCGUCCAGCCAGAAGCAGCUUUACCCUGUGUAUUCAACCCAGGAGCAUUCGGGAGGAGGAGUUCAGUAUAUCUCCUUCGAUGAUCCUCGCAUUCGUCACAUUUCCUCAGCUCUGGGUGGUAACUCUCUGACGGACGCUGACAAAAUCCGCCACAUCCGUAAUGAGCUUCCCAGCGUCACCGUAUCGGAGCCUGCACCCGAUGACAGUGCCUUUUUGCCCCCGCCACUGGGGCCUUUCAUCUCUGCCAAACUGGCAGGUGAAAAUAACCAGACGUGUUCUAGCAAUGUGGACAAUGAAAAUAAAAGGUGGCGAAGUGAUUUGCACAAAGACACUAUAAGUAACUUCCGAGCACCUGACCAAAACUGCAACAACAGACAUCUCAACACUCUGCCAUCGCCGUCGUCCCCCUCUUCAGCUUUUCAGCCCCCGUUAACAAAGUCCUUUUCUCGUCAGGGGUCCAGUUCAGACCAGGUCUUUGCAGAAACCAUCACACAAGUAAAGACAAUUGUUCCAGAGUCAGGACAAGAAAUCCAAAGGAACACUAAGAGAAGAGUGAGUGAAACCAUUUUCUGCCUGGUGUCUGUCCCUGUUCACACGCCAACAAACAUUAAUAAAGGCUUAGCAGCUGAUCAGAACAAUAACGAGGCAAUGCUAAACCUCACCGUUACGAACACUGACACUUUUGCUGUAGGUCUCAAAGAAAGCCCCAACAUCCGUAGCAAGUCUGUGAACGAGAUACCUAUCAAGUCACACUACUCUCACUACCACACUACCAGCACGUCCUCAAUGAGGAAUUACAAAAGAGCUCCUUUAAGAAAGGAGGUCAUAGAUGCCUGGGUACUCCAAGCCAAUGAGGGCAAAGAGUUAGGCUAUAGUGGAUCUUGGCCUGGAAACCAAUACCGUAACCAGGAAACUCAAACAGGCUCACCUGUGACAGGUUUUAAAAGUCCAGAAACCCAAAGCCCUACCAAGAGACAGGAGGCUCUUCAUUCAGCCUCAGAUACAACUAUGGAUCUUGAUAUUGGGACUGGUAGUGCCUCCUCUUAUGGAUACCCAAUGACGGGUCAAAAAAACCUUCAUCUUUCCAGUAACAGCGCCUUCUCCCGUCUUAGCCUAAGCCCAACACAAACAGAAUCACUUCAGCACACACAACAGGACUCAUUAUCUCCUACCAAGACACAAAAUCAAGGAGAACAUCAGUUAUCUUCUCCUAAGAAGAGCGGUCCACCUGAAAGUGAAGAACAACUGGUCUUUGGGCAAUUUCUCUUGAAGCCAGUGAACCGACGACCCUGUGACGCAAUUGGUGAAUUGGAGACUAUUAACAAAGAGAUGGAAGACACGAUUAGUAAAAGACCAAAUGUGAGUCGAUUUAAAAAUGACAGUGCGGAUGAAAGACUGGCUUGUUUUAAAAAAGGGGCACAUUUCACUGAUGGUCCAGAACCAGGCCGGGAAGCAAUAAGUCUCCCACCAAUGCACAUCGAAAGGCCCAAUAAUAUAAAAAAGCGAUCAAAGUCUUUUGCCUCUAGUGCUGAUCUAGAAUCGAUGGAAAUGAGUGGACCUUUCUCCAAGCCACAAUCCAAUAACAUCCCACUAACAAAUAAGCAAGCCCCUCUUCCCAAACCAACCCGAAGCAACAAUUUUCUCUUAUCUUUUGUUCCCCCCUGCAGUGAUUCAAACCAUCUCUACAGGCAGGACAUCCCAGUUCCUCAAGAGUCCUUGUUGAGGGAUGUGGGGCUUACUGUCUACACAGAAACUCCUGGUGGUCCAGGAGAGCCAAUGCAGCGCUCACUUUCAGUCCCAUCUCCACUCAGUCAUAAAGAUCAUAGUCAGUCCGUGACAUCUCGUGUGAGAACUAGUGGCAGCUUUGAGCACAAUUCAAGAGAAGAACUUGAUAGUAACUUGAAAGGACACUCUAAAUCAGACCUCUCAUCAUUCGGUGGUGAAUCAAAAGUCUGUGGAAUACAGAGGGAAAGUUGCUUGUCACCUGAAAAAGGCAACUCGCUACAUAAUUCAAGACGGACAAUGGAGGUGUCUCAUGUGUUUAGAGAUGAUGAUAGUGAUGAAAGAUAUGCACUCUCUGAACCUCUAACAUACAAAAAUGACUCAACAAUAGCAGAUAAACACUUAGAGAGCCUACUUAUUCAGGAAAAAGCUAACACUUUGCCUACAGAAGACCUCAGCAACCUGUAUGAGGUGAAAUUUGCAAAAGGAAUCCCUGAACAUGAGUCUAUAGAGGAGAGGGCUGCAAGGAUCUUAGGUAUUGCUGUUCCCGUUGAGGCUUUAUGUGUUGAAGACAAACAGUCGGAUGACGACGAGCCUGAAAUGGACACUGCUUUGGUUGACAAACAGCUAAGUUCCAAUGAAGAAACACAGCAAGUAACAAGAGCGAUUGUGCAAGUCCAAGAGGAAUCCCUGAUAGUCCAGGGACCAGAUAUGGAGGAGAUCAGGAAGACAGAGUCUAGUGUGGUGCAAGAAGAAGAAGACAGACUAAAGCACACAAAUGACCACAGUGAUGGCCAGCAGAACCAGGAUAAAGAAACUCCAUCAGUUCUCGACAUCCCCGAGUUCCCACCAAGUAAGCUUCCUCUGUCCCUACCAGUCACACCAGACGAGACCUUAUCACUGAGCAUAUAUAGUGGGGAAAAGAAAGGGAGAGGCGGAACAUGCAAACUUAUUGAAUCUCUGCAAGAUAAGCUGAACUGUUCUGCAGCUUCAUCUGCUGCUGCUUCGACUGGGUUGACUCCAGACAGAAUGGCCCGUCUUAAAGAACUGGACUCUGUGUCUAGAAUAAGACGGCUUAGCCUGAAAAGCCCAGAGCAUCUACAGGAACCAGAAUCUAAAGAAGUAGAAGAUCUAACAAUGAAAGUUUUUAACGAGACUAGGGAGAAUGUGGUGCAGCAAGUCGUUGACAAAGAGGAGCAGGAAGAAAACGGAAAAAUAAGUCAAGAAGAGGAAAGCCAGGAUGAAUGUGUCAACUUAAAGAAGCUUGAAGAACCAAAAGAAGUGGCUGAUGAAAUCUGUAGGGAAGAGCAAAGACAUUUAGAGGAGGUACAUGACAUGACCGUUGAAACUGGACAAAAGGCAAGCAGCGAGAUAAGUAAAGGGCAUUUAAAACCAGAAGCUGAGGAAAGAAUGAUGGAAUUGAGAAUUGUAGAAGAUGUUGAAAACACCUCAGUGAACUUACCAGAAGCAUUGGUCUGUACAGCUGAGACCACCAAACAUGCAGAGGAAGGAAAAUUACCGAUACCAAAGCAGCGCACCAAGCUCCAGAAGCCUCCUCUGCUUCCUAAACCUCGCAGCGUUCCCAAGAGAGAAAUCACUCUACCACUGAGCUUCAGUACCGGAACCUGUGGCACCUCUGAUGUGGAGGAUGAGGAAAUGCUCUCUGUCUCAGACUCAUACGACCCCAGUCGAGUAGAAAGGGUGUGACCUCCAACCACUGCCUUCACCACUGUGGAAAUCUGUCUUUCUCCCAUGAACAGCUUUUUUACCACCGACAAAGACUUCCAUCUCGCCUCGUAGCUCAGUCGGCUCCCCCUCCUGCCUCCUUCCAACAUCUCCAAGAAGCGACCGUCCUGGUGCUGAAAGAGCAUUUUUAUAGCCAAUAAAGGCCACAGCUGGGUGCUGGUUCUUUAGGUCGUCUCAGAUGUGUCACCCCGUCAUCUUCGCCUCUAAAACCAGUUUAUGUUCCCGAGCGAGCGGACUUCCUCCUCUCAGAAGUCAUCUAUCUGUCCGUUUCAGAAGAAUGUGUGUCGUUGAUUCUCGUCUGCACAUCUUGGGGGCUUCCGUGUUGAAACCUGAAUGUAAGAGUGCUUCUGUUUAUCAAGUGAGCAAAAGAAAUGUAACAGAAAAAAAUAACCACACACACACGCAAGGUGACAGUAUUGCAUUACAAUCAGAAUUAACCUACACCAAAUGUAAAUAAAAGAGUUAUAAGAUUUUAUUAAGAUUAUAAAGAAAAAAAUCAAUCUAAAACAAUAAAUUGAAAUGUAUAUUUUCUUAUGUAUGUUGAGAGAUUAGAUUUGUGUAAUCCUUACGUGUAUGAGACGUAAUGAAACUCCUAACCGUUUUUGUUCCCCCCUCCUAUACGUGUGUGAUCGAGAAUGUACUAAAAGAGUUUGGGUUGCAAGGAGAAACACUGUGGUCCUUGAAUAGUUUCACUCAAGAGCAAUAUAGUCGUCAUAUACAGCGAAUAAUACCAGUAGUAAAGUCUAUUUCAAGGAGCUAAUCUCAUUUGCUUUGAAGCUCUACCUUUAGGUACAAGUGUUAGAUUUGCACUGCGGAGAUUAUUGGCUCCGUGUUAUUCCCAAACACCUGGUAAUCUCCUCACGUACUCGGAGAUUACACUCAGAGCGAUCCCCCUUUGUUCGCUCUCAGUAUCAGCAGCCUCACUGUGUUAGAAAUGUCUUUAGUUAAACCGCAUACUGUUCCAAAAAAAAAAAAAAACAACAACAAAAAAGUAAUUCCAUGCGUAACGUGUGGCAGUAAGAGAUCUGUAUGUGCUGUUCCGCUGGGAAGUUUACAUCCAGGUCAUCUCAACUUUGGGCUUUUAAUGAUUUAUUUCAACCAGGUUUUCCACAAGAGCAAAAGACUUCAGAAAGGGAUUUAGGUGCCUGGGUUUGAGAAAAAGGGUAAAAUUUUAC